AGAAGCGCGGGAUACGUGACUUUAAAAGUAAAACAAAGUAAAGAUCUGUUAGGGGAUAAACGAGCAGCUGCCUGCUUACUUUUGCGAGAUCCCGCGCCUGGUUCUAAUCCCGUAAAGCCCAGAAAACCGGCUAAAUGCGGGAACGAAGUAAUCCCGGGACAGAGUAAGAACUUCGGAGAGGGCAUACUUAAGUACAGCGAAGUGUUUGCCGAUAGAGGCGAAUACGCCUAUGUGGCUGGGCAGAUGAUCAACUCGGCCUCCAUAGAGGACUUCGUCGGCAGCUAUUUGCAUAUAGCUGGCUACGACACUAUGAGUUUCGGAAAGUUGAUUACAAUUUGGUACAAGCGAAGUACUUUUAGACAACUUGUGAGCGAAUUGGCGGAUAUCUGGCCGGUGUCAAUUAAAGAUAAGGAAGCUGCUCAGAUCAAACGAGACAGUCUCUCCGCAUUGAAACAUAGACAGAUUUGGGUGAUAUCAGUGUGCUGCAUGCUUGGCUCGGACUUGCUGUUCAUGACAAUGUCUAGCCAUAUCAGCAUGUUGCUGCGUCUCCUGCAAGUGCAAAUACGUCGCUUGGGAACAACGGGCUCCAGUAACGAGAACCUAGAGAACUGUUAUCAAGACAUCGCAGCUGUAGUUCAGAUUCAUCAGAGACUUAUUAAGUAUAUAAACCACCUGGAAGAUGCAUUCUCGGUGGUCAACCUGAUCAACGUUCUUUUGAGUUCUGUUAAUAUUUGCUGCGUUGUUUUUACUAUAGUGUUCCUUGAGCCGUGGAUUGAGAUGAGCAAUAAGUUUUUCCUCGGCGCCGCCCUCACGCAGAUGGGAAUAGUGUGUUGGUAUGCCGACGAUAUAUACAGAGCGAGUGUGGGAGUAUCGGAUGCUGUGUACGAGAGCGGUUGGUACAAUAGCGACGCGCGCAGUCGCAGGCUGCUGCUAGUAGUGCUUCAGAGGUCUCAGAAACCUCUAUAUUUCACGGCUUUGAAGUUUCGUUCAAUUACAAUGUCUACAUACAGUUCGAUCCUGACAACUGCGUAUUCAUAUUUCACGUUGUUGUACACAUCGUACCGUCGUGAUUAAAAUAUACGUUGCUUAUAAAGUAUGCGUCGUUGUAACUUGGCAGAAAUAAAUCGCACGAAGAUAGAAUAAUGUAUCAUUAUAAACCUAAAUGUAUGUCUGAAAUUUUAUGUUAAAAAAAAUACUUGACUUAUAAAGAGAUGUAUAGAGAGAUGCGGACUUUUCUUUAAGGAACUAAUUUAAUAUGAUAUAUAAGAUUAAGUUUACCGUAACUAUGUAUUUGUUUUCAGAAAUAAUUUCUCAAGUAAGUAUCCCUUAUGAUUUCUUUGACACAUUUUACUAUGCCGAUGUUUACAAGCGAGGGUCAUAACUUACGAACCAAGCAAUUUAUUUGGUGGUUUGUGUUGUAAAGAAUGGUCACUUUAAUAGUUUAAUACAAAAUGUGUAGUGCUUCAAAUUGUAAUUUAUCUGGAACGAAGUUAAUUCCUAUAAAUAGCCGUUUCAAUUAUAAUUAAAUUGUUGAAUAUUAAUCAUGUAGCUAUUCGUAAACAAAGCUUUACAGUAGAUUGAAAUAUAUUAAUUGAAAUUCAUUGCCCUUUUAUGUUUUAUUAAUUAAAAAAAUUGUUUCCUAUUCCAUUUUUCCAGUUAUUGUAAUUAAUUUGCUUGGCAUGUUGGCUUUGCCGUAACACGAACAAACAUUUUUUAAUUUUUAAACCAUAUUCAAAUACAUCAUGAUUUUUAUCAUAAUUUUUUAAGCAAUUAUCAACACUACAUCAAUAAAAUUGAAUUCUGGAAAUCGAGUCAUGAUUGAAAAAAAAUACUACAUAAAUUUGUAUUGGUUAUAGGUGUACUCACAUUUUAACAAAGCCACUUUAAAUUUCCAUUUUUUUAAAUUAAAAAUUACAAAACAAUGCGUUAUCUUUUGCUGCUUUCAACAUCAUCUUGAGACAAGAAAUGUUAAGUCGUAUACUGCUGUCGUUGCUGCCGACAAUGUCCUGCAAACCACAUGGCAGAGUGGGGAUUGUUAUCUGAAUUAGAGAAAGCGAUUACUAGAUGAACUCUCAUACGGGAGUGUUAUUACUCAGUUACAAUUACAAAUGAAAUUGAGUUCUCUCUCUUUGUCUCUAAAUUAUUUUUAGUUUAAUUUGGGAACAACAAAGAGUAUUUUCAUUGUACAAGUAAUGUACCUACUCAAAGUCGUCUAAAAUUACAAACGUAUUCCUUUGUCCUUAGUAACCGGCAAAGAAAACGUAGUUGGACUAACGUUUAAAAUCGCUGGGUACUGUCG